AUGCAGGCCAUACACCACGCUCAUCCGAACAGUGUGUUUUUCUCACAAUGUCUACCCAAUGAACCAUGUAUUACCCCUGGGACAUACGCCUUCCUCGGAGCAGCAGCCGCGCUCAGUGGCAUCAUGCACAUGACAGUUUCGGUCGUGGUUAUCAUGUUUGAGCUCACCGGAGCUCUCACCUACAUCUUGCCGACUAUGAUCGUGGUCGGUGUCACCAAGGCUGUUUCAGAGCUAUUUGGCAAAGGCGGCAUCGCCGACCGUAUGAUCUGGUUCAGCGGCUUCCCCUUCCUCGACAACAAAGAAGAGCACAGCUUCGGCGUACCCGUGUCUGCCGUCAUGACCAACGAUGCAAGACCUG